AUGGCUGACGCAGCCGAAAUUCCGGGAAUGCUGACGAAUAGCAUGAGCGGGAUGGGAGGCGCCGUAGAUUUGCUUACGUCACUCGUGUUUCGAUUACCGGUCCAAGGCGGUUUUCCACCCGCGAACGGAUUUCCCCUCUUGAACGGCGAUGAUGACGCAGCAGCAGCCUUCGGCGAAUUUAACCAGACGGACAAUGGCACGCAUGCUUACAGUCACGUCGACUUUCAGAAGAAGCCGGCGCUUUUCCUGGCACAGAGCGUGCUCAAUUUGGUGCUUCCCGCGUCGUCCCCGCUCUACCCCUUUAUAAUCACCCUCCUCUCCGCCUUCUCCCCAAUUUUGGACGGGUUCCUCCAACAAUACCUCCACAAUGAUUUCUUUGCGGGCAGCGUUUGGCUCGUUGCGAUCGGUCUGGUGGGCAGAUAUCUUCUAAGCUGGUUGCACUGGUCACUCGAUUGGAUGCGACACCGGGGAAAUGUGACUGUAACGAUCUCGCCAAACGACCAGGCGUUCACGUGGAUCCAGGAGUGGCUGAAUGGUUAUAAGAAGCUGAGACCGUCCGAGUUCACGCUGAAUCUGGAAUGGCCGGAUAACAAUGAGGAUGGCGUGGACCGUAAUAAGCCGAUCGUGAAGUUCCUGCCGAAGCUGAAGGCUGCGCAACACAUCACAUUCAAUGGUGCCAAGGUAUCCUUUCAAAUGCGCAACAGUCCGGGUCAGCUUGACCAGGGGGCCGAAUUCGGCGACAUUCUCCGCUCAAUGAAUCGCGAGGAGCUCGUCAUUGAAGCGCCCUCACAGGCUGUCCUAAAGGCCGUCGUGCAAGCCGCUACCGAUGCAGCCAUGGUGAAGAAAACCGAGAAGAAAAUGACUUCUGUGAAGCGGUGGAGCGCGGAUGAGAAUUACUGGAAGUACCUGGGGGAGCGGGCGAGCCGGCCGGUGUCGACUGUGGUUCUGGACUGCGAUACAGGCGCUCUUAUCGAAGACGUGAAGCAGUUCUUAGAGAGUGCAAAGUGGUAUACAGACCGGGGUAUCCCCCACCGACGGGGGUAUUUAUUCCACGGGCCGCCAGGUUGCGGCAAGACGUCUUUGAUCCAAGCCCUAGCAGGGGAGCUGGAGUUUGGAGUUGCGAUUAUCAGCCUGUCGUCUUCUGGUAUGAGCGAUGAUGCUCUGAACAGUGCCAUGUGUGACUGUGACGAGCGGGACGUGAUUGUACUGGAGGAUAUAGAUGCAGCCUUUACAGCCACUAGGGAGAAGAAAGAAGGGAGCCAGGCAAACGGGCUGUCGUUUUCUGGCCUGCUGAACGCGAUCGACGGCAUCGCCGCCCGGGAGAAGCAGAUUGUGAUCAUGACGACGAAUCAUAUCGAGAGAUUGGAUCCUGCGCUGAUCCGGCCCGGGCGGGUCGACUUUCGGAUGUUUCUUGGCCUCGCGAGCCGCAGCCAGAUCGUCCGUCUGUUCCUGCGAUUCUUCUCGGAAGCUUCUGAGGGAGAGGCGGAGAAAUUUGCUGGGCUGUUUGAGGAGGGAGAGGUGAGCCCGGCGGCUCUCCAGGGGUUCUUUCUGCUGCACCGGGGUAGCGCUGAUGCUGCUAUGACCCAUGGGCCGGUUUUUGUGGAGGGAGUGAGGGAGGAGAGGAGGGAGAGGGAGAGGAAGGAGGAGGAGAAGAAGAGGGAGGAGGGGAAGAAGGAGGGGAAGGAGGAGGGGAAGGGAAAGGGGAAGAGGGGAAGGGGGAAAGGGAAGAGAGGUGAGAGGAAAGACAGUGGGGUGGAAGAGAUUGUGAUUGAAGAGAGUGACGCAGUAGGGGAGGAGGGUGAGAUUGAAGUGGAGUGUGAUAAUAGCGAAGGGAGGAAAUCUGAAGGGAGUGGAGAUGAUACCGAGGAGAGUGAUGGGAAGGAGAGUGAUGGGAAGGAGGAGAGUGAUGCAGAGAAGAGUGACGCAGAGGAUGAGUGA